GCAGCUACACAGCAGCCACCGUCUCGCCCAGCUCCGCGGCUCCAGCGUUUCUGCGCUCCUGCAGCGACGACUCGACUAAUCUCGGGAAGGCCCCGCCCCCUCGGCGCAGCUCAAGCGGCGCUGACGCGUCACCGCGGGCCUGGCCCCGCCCACUCCCUCCAGGGCCCGCGCGCUCCCGCCUUUUUGCCUGGACGCUCCGCCCCUGAUCCCCGACUCCCGCCAGCCGAGGAGGACUCUGCGCCUUCCCCGCCCUCGGAGCGGUCUCGCGGAGGGAAUAUAUUAUUUACCCAUGAGUUUGUGUUGUCGGAGAGCUUUCAGUUAAAAUUCAAGAGAAUAUUUAUCAACUUGUAACUGAGAUAGAGACCGUACACGGGAUAGCAUUCCGUCUCCCCAUACUUCUGAACCAUGAAGAGAAAGUGGGAAGCCAAGCGGAAGCGGAUCGAAGAGCAAGCAUCGUGUUUCGCGAGGAACCCGCUGCCCUCAGUGUACAGACCCAGGCUGUCCCAGCUGGGAGACCCGGCCCCCGUCUGGGAACUGUUUCCUCGGCAAGCUCAAGCUUUCAAUUUUGUUAAAAGCUGUAAAGAGGACGUUCACGUGUUCGCUUUGGAACACGAAGUGGGCGAAGGACAACGCAUUUACCUCGUGACCACCUACGUGCAGUUUUGGUUUUAUUACAAAUCCCGAAAAAAUCUCUUGCACUGCUACGAAGUGAUUCCUGAAAAUGCCGUUUGCAAGCUCUAUUUUGAUUUGGAAUUUAACAAACUCGCCAAUCCAGGAGCGGAUGGAAAGAAGAUGGUUGCAUUACUCAUUGAGCAUGUUUGUAGAGCACUUCAAGAAUUGUACGAGGUUAACUGUUCAGCCAAAGACGUUUUCAACUUAGAUUCCAGCACUGACGCCAAGUUCAGCCGCCACCUGAUAUUCCAGCUCCAUGAUGUGGCGUUUAAAGAUAACAUCCACGUUGGUAAUUUUGUGAGAACAGUGUUGCAGCCUGCUUUUCAUCUCAUUGCCAGUGAGGAUGAUGAAGAUGCCGGUGGGGUUCCAGAGACGGCAGGCCCUGCGUCUUCCCACUUUCCCGAAGCACCAGCUCAGCAAGGAACGCCCUGCAGCGGCGGCGCGUACACAGAGGAGGAGAGAGGCAGCGGGAGGAGCCGGACCUGCGAUCCCAGGGGCCUGGAGGGCCCGGGACCGGCUCAGCCAGGCCGUCGUGAUCUUUCCUUCUUGGUUGUGAAGAAUGCCUCAGGGAAAAAGUGUCUGUUUGUAGAUCUCGGAGUUUAUACAAGAAACAGAAACUUCCGGCUGUAUAAGUCAUCAAAAAUAGGAAAACGCGUGGUUCUGGAGAUUGCUGAAGACAACGCGUUUUCUGUUACGCGGUCCAGCGACAUUUCCGAGGAAAACCAGUACUUCCUGUCGUCUCUGGUCAGCAGUGUCAGAUUCUCAGAUACUUUACGAAUUCUUACAUGUGACUCACCGAAGAAUAAACAGAGACAGCCUGGGCAUUUUAAUAGUCCCAGCACUUCAGGAGAAACCAUUGAAGGUGUUCAGGGUUCGCCCUACCCUGAAAUUGAUCAAUUUGUUCUUUCUUUGGUGGAUAAAAAUGGCAUUAAAGGAGGCAUUCGGUGUUGGAACUACUUUUUUCGAGAGCAAUUACUGGUUUAUGACAUUUGCAAAUAUCGCUGGUGUGAAAACAUUGGAAGAGCCCACAAAAGUAAUAAUAUCAUGAUUGUGGUUGAUCUGAAAAAUGAAGUUUGGUAUCAAAAAUGCCAUGACCCUGAAUGCCAGGCAGUGAACUUCAGAUCUGACUGUGCCCCACUGCCUGCCGAAGUGCGCCUGUCGUUUCUUCUCGGGGAGGAAGAAGAGUUUGCAACUGACGAAGCAAUGAACAAUGAAACCAAGAAUCCUCAAAAGCCACCAUCCUGUAUGUUGUCAAAAACUGAAUUUUCUGGUCCUGACUGGGACAAUGGCAUUGAUGACACUUGUUUUCUGGAAGCUACUGAAGACGCCGAAUUAGCAGAAGCUGCGGAGACCAGCCUUCUUGAUUACAACAGUGGAGGGGACGAAAUUCCUGAUGAACUAAUUGUGGAAGUUUACAAGAAUAGCUAACUCACUGUGGAGACUUCCGUAACCGUAACCAGGCCGUGGUUUGUCUGACAACAGAUUGUAAAAACGAACAUUAAAUUAUAGUAACUUAUUGUAAAUUAUAGUAACUCAUUGUUAAAUUUGUUGAUAAAAGUUAAGUUUUAUAUUGCUUUCCAAUUUUGGUUUUUACUGAAGUAAAUCACUUUUAUUGAAAAUUAAUUUCAGUGCACUUAAAUUCAGAACAACUCUCUAUUGAUUAACCAAAAUUAGUCUGUAUUCACAUCAGCUUAUGCAUAUUUAUUUAUAGAUUAAAGUCUUUAUGUCUGUGGCUAAUUAGGAUUGAGUGUCAAUAUUUCAACUCAUUACUCAAGACACUAACCAGAAGAGCUAAUUAUAGCCUCUAAAACUACUGCGCAGUCACACUGGUGACAAGGGCACACAACCAGCCCGAACGGUUAGACAAGCUUGCUCUGUUACGUGUCCCCGAGAAAGUCCUCUAAGAAAAAGCAGUUUCAGGAGGCGACAGGCCGUGGUGCGGGGCUUGUCCUCACGUGGGCGCG